CUUAUAUGUAGAAGCCCCCCAGCCUCACAGUAGGUCAGGCUCAAGCAUCGGCGCCGAGAUGAAAGGCUCGGAAGAGCCAGCUCACUUGGGAGGAUUUACCAACGUCCAAGUUUGGGAAGAUAGCUUCGAGGGUCAAAUAUAUCACCACGUGGAGGACCUUGGUGAGGAGGAUAUUCCACCUGUCUGCAGGAGGGCUACGGACGGCUCGAAUUCGAAUGAUCGAUAUAGAUGGAGAUUGAACCUCUUACUUUCGUCGCAUCAUCGCAAACGAAUGGGUGCGCCAUUUUCAGAGGAUGCGAUGGAAGCCUUGCAAUACUUUUGGCGUAUACCCAAACGACAUGCUAGAGCCGUUUUACAUAUCAGUGGCAGUGCUUUGACGUUCGCUCCUCUAUACGGGAACCCAGACUGGAGCGGCUUCUUGCUCCGCGGAUCACGGAGCUGGAAUUGGUCGUACGGUGUUGUGAUAUCGCAUGAUAAGAAGGCCCUCACUACCUACGGGAUUUGUAUUGGACUGAGUGUGGAGGAGACAAGCCAACUACUGGACUACAUCAUCAAUGCCAAACAUCUCGCCAAAAGUCGCCUCUUCGUUCCAAUCGCUCUAGCGGACCUUAGCCUCGAAGUAUCCCAAAAUUUUAAUCAAGGUCAUCGUAAAAAUCUGGGCGAUAUACAGGCUUGCUUGGGUAAUGACGUAUAUCUGAGCAGUCACGGAUCGAAGUCGCAGCCCGAUAUCGAUUUAGGGGAGGCUAGUAGGAAGCUCACCGGUGUGACUUGCUCAAGUGCCGCUGUGACAGCAUUAGUAACUGGGCACCUGAAUAUUGUGGGUUUCCUUCAAGAGCAGGUUUCAAAGGAGCAAUACAGAGGGGAGAGUCUCCACCCAGGCACAAUUGACUCUCUUGAACUUGAAGAGAGACUGGCGUUUGUCCAUCAAUGUCUACUCGUUGAGAAGAGAACGAACGUCUACAUCAAAGAAGCAAUCCAGGCGCAAGUCCAAGCUGUGUACAGUCUUAUCGGCCAGAAGGAAAAUGAACUGAACCUUAUGUAUGGUUCAGAUAUGCGGACGAUUGCAAUCGUCACGCUUAUUUUCCUUCCAGGAACCUUCGUGGCGACGCUUUUCAGUGCGAGUUUUUGGAAUUUCGGGCCUUCAAAUACCGGCCCGAUUGUCUCGAAAUGGGUCUGGUUGUAUUGGGUAAUCACAGGUCUUUUGACCGUUACGGUAUUUGUUGCAUGGAGAGGUAAGUGGUUGAAGUCAAUGCGGUGGCCAUUUACCAUUAGGAAAAUGGAAACAUUGAUAGUAAAAGAGGUGACAGAUUGAUGUAACUUAG